AAUCUCCCUCCUGAAUGGAGUGGAAGUAUAAAAGCGGAUUUUGGGACUUCGGUCUGUUAAGGCGAGUCCUCAAACUUCACAUUUCUUAUUCACAUAUGAUAAUUUUUGCCGCUUAUUUAUUACUGAUCCAUAAGUCUCUUAGUCUCAUCUUAUUUUCAUAUCCCACUCUUGUUUAUUAAAAAUUUCUAAAUAUUCCCUUGACCACAUGGCACAUGCUCAUCCUUCGUGUAAGUCAUUUACAUGCAACUCCUUUGACUCGUUGUGACAACACUCUAGUAUAUAUGAUGAAGAUUUUAUACACAUUUUGGAAAUAUUUCUUCUAAGUAGUACGAAGCGUGGUCAAAUUGAGAAAAUCAAGGAAGUUUACAUAUGAUAGGAUUAUUGAGAGUACAUGUCAGUUGUGUAAAAUACAAAUUUGGGAAAGGUUCACUGUAUGAAAAUCAAAUCAACCCGACCAAAUGAUUAUAUGUUAUAUACAACUCGGGUUUUUAUACAGCCUUCACUACUCUCUGGCUCAACCUAAUACAUCAUCAUCGACUCAAGGUAUGGUCUUCUAUUCUAUCUCCAGUUACAUGUUCAUAACGCUUUUCUAGAAGUAGUCACAAUCGCAUUUAUGUGACUUUUAAUCUGAGCAAUUAAAGAUAAAAUGGAAAAAUACGAUGUCAUGUGAAGACGAUGCUCUUGAAAAGAAUGAGACUUGAUUCAUUAUGGAUCUUCCACCGGUAAGAAGCCAAUUUAGUGUCACCGAAUUUUUACAAUCAUAAAUAAAUCGAAUGGUGUUCAGGUUGAACAAUACUCCCUCCGUUUUUUUAAUAUAAGUCGUUUUAGAAUUUUGCACAUACAUUAAGAAAUCAUUAAUUUUUUAUAUUUUCUAAACAAAAACAUCAUUAAUUAUUUACCUAACCACAAAUCAACCAAUAAUAAAAUAGAAGGUAUAUUAUUAUUGGUCAUAUAACAUUAAGUGUUAAUAAAUUUUACAUAAAAAAACCGAAAAAAUCAUAUAAUUUGGAACAUAAAAGUUUUUCUAAAACAUAAAAGUUUUUCUAAAACGACUUAUAUAAAAAAAUAGAGGGAGUAUAAACUAAGAUCAGUUGCAUAUGAAAAUAAACAAAGAAGAAAGUGUCAGUUAUGAAAAAACGUUUACUACAGUUGUGAAAAUGACGAUUGUGUGAACAUUUCUCAAAGUUGUAGCUGUAAAACAAUGGAAAAUUCACUAGAUGGAUGUUGAUAAUGCAUUUAUGUCAUGGUGAUCUACUUAUCUACAACAAAAAGUUUAUAUGAAGUUGUCUUCAGGAUGUGCAUCAAAUGGUUAGAAAAAACUAUAAACUCAAGAAUCCGUCAUAUGUAUUACGUCAAGCACCUUGUUACUGGAUUUUUGUGCUUACUGAAACUUUGAGAGGGUAUUUUUAUAUUCUAUAAGAAUUUAGACUAUUCAUUUUUUACAUUAACAACUGGGGCACUGCAUAUACAUUCUUAUUUAAAUGAUCCUAAAGCUAUUUAAAAGUUUAAAUGAUAUCUUAGUAAAUGCUUCCAUUUGAAAGGCUUAGGUAUGUUGAAAUAUUUUCUUCGAAUUUAAGUAGUUCAAUCACCUCAGGGUAUAUAUUUGUUUGAGAGAAAAUGUUUCUUGACAUUGUUGUGGGUGUUGUUGCUGGGAACUAAGCGAGUAGUUAGCUACACACACACCAAUGAAAAAAGAAUAAUAAGUUAGCUAUAGUGAGGGAGAUUUUGUUAAUGAUAUCGAAGGUUAUAGGAUACUUUUUUAAAGGAUCAGUUUACCUUACAUAUAUGCAUGAUCAUUGUUUUCCUAAGAUGUGCAUAUCCUGGCUCAAAUUGUGCAACAUUAACGUAAAAGCAUUGGAAUUCAGCUAUACUCGAAUGGUUUGGUAUCUUGAAGGAUCUCCGAGUUAUGUUAAAUGCAAUGUCAAAUGCAGACUCCAACUUAUAAUUCGCGAUUUUUUGUGAUUUGGAGUUGACAUUGUGUCCUAUAUCUCUCAAACUCUCACAUGUUAUGUUGUCAUGUUUUUUUUUAUGUUGUCAUGUUAGGUUAUUCUACUGCAUGUAUGACUAAGAUGGACUGGGGGUCAGCAUCUACUUGUUGGCUUUUGGUGUUUCUGAAAAAUCCUACAUAGUUACAUUGUGAAUAUAAAGUUUCUUUACAUAUUGCAGUUAAUCAGAUAUUCCAUGAAUGGACAGUGUAUACAAAGGUGAAUUCUCACUACGUUUGGGAUGAAAUCCAAGAUAAUACACUAAUUACGACUUAUAUAUACGUACACUAAAUGCAUUCACGAUACAAAAUUUCUUUUGUAUCUACAUCACAAGUUGAACAUUCAAAAAUUGCAUAUAUACUUCAACAUACGGGAAAACAUACAACUAUUAUUUACUAUUUAUGUUAUAUAUUAAUAUACUUUAAGUUGAGAUAAAUAUCUCGGGCGACGUCAAAAAAAGUAUCUAGGGCAUUUCUAUCAUACAUAUAGGCUAUUACAAUCAAUGAAAAAAAUUAGAACAUUUUCUUCUUUCUUUGACAAAAACACCUACUUUUUAUAUAAAUAUAAAACGCAGACGCCAUUUUCUUGUAUGAUUUGGUAUUGAAGUCAUUAAAAUUCCAAAUUAAUAUCAUGAUUUACUUUGACUAAUGUCAUCUAAGUCGUCCACUGUCUUGUUGAAUUGUUUUUCGCGUCUAUUUUCCACACUAUUUUCUUCUUCUUUGUUUUCGUCGCCAACAAGUAUCAUUGUUAAGUACAGCAAUACACACAUAUGCAGCUGCCGAAAUUAGGAAAAAGAUCUCAUCCUUUCAAGGAAUCAAAUCUCCUAGAGAAUGAUAUAUAAUAUUCAAAGUGGCCAACCAAACAAACAAAAAGUUUUAUAUAUAUAUAUCAAUAUGCCAACGGAUACAACUAUGAAAUAUUUUUGGCAUAGAGAACGAAAAAAAGGGUUAUCAUUGUUGAAAUAAGCAUGAUCAGGGACAAAGAACAUAAGAUUGGGAAGAGUAAGCAUCUUGAUGAGAAAGAGUGUUUACUCUAUUAUGGCAUAGAGAGGGUUGUGAGGGAGGAACCAGACCUCGCUGAAGCUGGUUUUGCAAACCGUGUAGUCGUCUUAAAUCCUUCCUCCAUAUCGGCGUUCUCCCAGAGUUUCCCCUUCCAACCAGAGCUAGAAGAUAAAAGAUCAUAAUAAUUCUCCACAUUCCUUAAUUAGCUGAAUAAGAAAAUAAGUUGCUAAUUAGGGAAAUAUUGAACUAUUAUAACAGUAA